CCUAGAACUGGAAAGCAAUUUACAAACAUGCGUCUGCUGCUGCUGCUGCUGGCAGCAUGCCUCUGGAUGACAGUGGCUGUGAGCUCUACGAUGUUGCAAGGCGAACAGCGCAGCAUUCAGAAAUGUCUGCAGAACUUUGGCGGACUUAAUGCGGCGAAUGCGGAGCGUCUGCAACGGUACACACAGUGGUCGGACAGCUAUGAGGAAGUGCCCUGCUUUACGCAGUGUUAUCUGCUUGAAAUGUUUGACUUCUAUCACGAUCAGGCGGGCUUCGACGAGCGUCGCAUUAAGCAGCACUUCGGAGCUGCCGUCUACGAGGCUUGCAGUGAGCGUUUGAAGCUGGGCGACCUCAAGCAGAGCAGCUGUGAGCAUGCCUAUGCGGGCUUUCACUGCAUUGUCAGCCUGGAAAAUGAUCCGUUCAUAUUGAUUGAGAACAUGCAAAAUGCGACGCGUGCUGCCAAGUCCGCCAUGAAGAAAUGCCUGCAGCAGAUGGACCAAGUGGAGUGGAAUCGACUUGGCGACUACGCGCGCUUUCCGGUCACCGAGCCCAUACCCUGUUUCACGCGCUGCUUCAUCUCCGAGCUGCAGCUGUUCGAUGAGCGCACUCGACGCUGGCGUGUGCCCGCCAUGCGGCAGGCUUUGGGGGUGCCACUUGUGGGCGCCCAUGUGGCUGGUUGCGCCCAGCGUCGUGGUCGCAAUCCCUGCUCAACCAUGUACCAGCAGUUUACCUGCUUUGUGCUGGCCAUUUAGUAGUCAUAAGUUACAUUUACAAUACACACAAUCAGC